AUGGUAAGCGCCGCCUCAUCCUACUAUCGCCAUCCCCGCCCCUCGCUAAUAACCCUCGCCUUUCAGAACGAGAGACUGCGCAUCGGCUCAAAUCAAUUCAGUUAUCCCAGUGCCAAACCCAGCAGCUUCCCAUCACCGCCGGAGCCUUUCCGUCCUACAACGCGGGGCCGUCAGAUUGAGCCUCAGACAGUGCAAGACCGUCGAAGAAGCGAGCAACGCCAGAGAAGCUUCCCGCUACAGACUCAACCGCCCAAACCACAGCUGGUAAUAGAUGUCAGUACAGCUUCACCGAAGCCCUCUUCUUCUGCCAUUUCCGAGCCUGUCAGCAACAUGAAGAUUCGUCGAAGCAACAAAAAUAUUCCUGCCAUCCCGCCCUCCAUACCAUACAGCUCUACUGUUGAGGCUUCUCCAGCGCCAAAGUCCGGGAAUGACAGUUCUGUCUGCCAGUCCCCAAGCUGGGAGGCGUAUGACAGACGAAAGCAAGAGAAGAAAGACGAGAGAAGAGUCAAGGAUGAGGCAAAAGCUACGAGAAAACCUCGCCGCCUAAGCAAGGCCCCUCCAGUCUCACCCGCCAAUGCUUCGAACCAAGCGGGCUCGAAUCAAUCCCAGUCAGCGAUUAUGGACAAUAGCAGAAAGUCUCGAUCAGCAAGCAUGGUAUUUUCCGAUAAUCCACCCAAAGAACCCCCGUUCUACAAACAACCUCGCUCCCGCGCUGGGUCCUUCUCCUCUCUCAUCAAAUCGACUUUCGACUUUCGACGAUCGUCAAUCGAUCAAUCUCAAGAGCGUCCAUUUAUUGGAGGCAUCAAGCUCGAGUACGAGCAACAUCUUGCCAACGAAAGGAGCAUGGAGCCGAGCACAAUUGAACCCAUUGAUGUACACCCUGCGCUACGAACGAGCAGCACGGCUCUAAAGUCCCCGCCUCUGCCAUCUCGCGCCGCAGGUACGAAGAACACAAAUUCACGGGCAUACCCUCCAAACACUUUUCAGACCACAAAGUCAAAGUCCAUGUUCCUAGCAUCACCCACAUCUCCGCCAGUGCCAGAUCUCAGUACCAUCGAAAAAUGGCGUGCGCGUGUUGGCCUCAGAUCCUCAAGCAAGUCUUCCUCGUCGCGGACCCCUAUCACGACGGAGGCCGGUCCAGUCUCGGAAACUAGUGAGACUCCUACCCAAGGGAAUGUCUGCUCUGGAAAUAAGGACGCGAAGAAGCCUGAGCGCGAGGACGAGCAGGCAAUGGAAAAGCCAACAAGACCGAGCCAAGAACCUGUGCGGAAAACACCGCCUCCUCCAGAACCUCCUCGCCGGAGCUCAAAGCGCAACUCCAUGCUCAUCGGAAGUCCUUCACUGCCUCUGCUCAAUCUUGCUCCGCUAAAUGUGCCAAUCGAGACAGCUACUUCGUCUCUUUAUGACUUGCCCUCCACAGCUGUCAACAGCGAUACCAAACAGCCCAGUGCCAGUCCUUCUUGGGAGAAUCUUCAAUCGUCAGUUAUGGACACGAUUGAACAUACCAUCAAGCCAAUGGCCCAGGCCGAGAAGAAGCAUGAGAAGGAACAGGGCGAGAAAGCCUUCUGGAACAGUCAAGAAUGGGUUCUUCAACGCUCCGAACUUCCACAUAUGACUUCCAGUUCUUCAGAAGACUCUGCAUCUGAUUGCUUCAACACUGUUUCAAUGCCAAGCACUCCAAAUACCUCGAGACCUCAGUCGGAGAAGGGUCUUCCCCGUAUUUCGGGAGAGUCUGAACGGUUUACACUGCCCAGAAUUCAGUUGCACGACAACGCCUACCCAAGCGAGGCUUGCUCCUUUGUUUCUGCCAGUUCAUUCACCGGCGCUCACGAUAUCGAUCGCGAAGUCGAUCCCAUCCAGGCAGCGGCUAGAAAGGUCAUGGCAGCUUUGCCUCCCAUGCCAUCGGCGAACCCUACCACAGAGCAUGAGCCUCUGAAGCUUCCUUCAAAUUUUACCGAUUUUUCCAGCAUUUCUGACAUUUCAUUCACGGAUAUUCCAAAGCUCUCGCUGAAGAACCCAAAAGCACAGCCGACGAAGCGUUCCAAUGGCGACACCGUUGCCAAGGUCUUCGUCGAAUGCUGCGGAUGCAAGUACUAUCACGACAUGCCCAGCAAAUUAUACGACGCAAUGGUGAACCCUGACGUGGUCUUAUGCCCCAAAGACAGGUCUGACUUUGGAGGUGCCAUCUCGAUGACGGUAAAAUGUCCAUGGUGCAAACACGCAAUGAGUACCAGUUGCUGCGCUGGAUUGGCCGCCAUGGUUUACGUCAAGGAACGACUUCACUAA